CAACACAACCCCUCCUGCUCAGUGUUUGCAGUGCUAUGUUGGACUGGUGCAGUUUCCUUGUGAAAUUAUCCUCUCAGUCGACGUUGACGGCAUAAAUAUCUGGUUGUCAGGUUGCACAGCGGUUACCACGUUUCGGAUGAACCAGAUCUACUGGUUGCACCGACAGACAGUGCGCGAGGGGAAAGGAAAGGGAGAUAUCCAAAUCCAGACGGGCCGAAGGGAACCAGCUGAGCAGGAAACGCUACCUCUCAACAGUCGGUCACCUGGGAAUACAAGAUGGAUCAGUGCGUGGAGAACUUCUCACCAUCAAGCCCGCUGCCAUCUGCACACCACCUCUAUCGGAAUUAGCCAGCACUACUGCUUGCGGUGACCAAAAAGCCAUUUCAGAUCUGCUCUCUGCUAGAGGAAGGACUAUUUUAUCUUUUGAGAGACUCAGACGGUCACAGAGAACCUUUUCUUGGACGACUAUAGGCUACUACGGUCUGGUGCGAUUUAACAGCCGUGGGUGAUAAUCUCCCUCCACUCUGCCAUCGCGUUGGCUUGGCUACUGUGUUGACAAUUAUUCCAGCAGAAACAGCAAUGUGGAGCCGUGAAAAGUGAGGAACGUUGGCUACGGGAGCAUUGAUCCAAUAGCUGCCUACAUGCCCGCUGGCUCGCCCGCCGCGAAACCUGCAGAAUGGCAUCGAACGAACGGCUGUACGAGGUGUGGAUGUUGUACUGCAACAAGAGGGACCCAGACUACCUGAAGCUGUGGCUGGAGAUCUUCAUCGGCUCCUACGAGAGAUGUCUGGACGUGGACUUCGAGAAGCCGCCCACCAGGCUGGAGGAGGUGCCGCCGGUGAUGAGCCUGUUGCCAGACACCAUUCUGCAGGUGCUGAGGCAGCAGCUGCUCCAGUGUGUCCAGAAGGCCUCGGACGGCCUGGAGCAGGAGCAACAGCAGCUCGCCCUGCUACUGCUCAAGUUCCUCAUCAUCGUCUGCAGGAAUCUGUCCAAUGUGGAGGAGAUCGGCACCUGCUCUUACAUCAACCACAUUAUCAACAUGACAACACUAUACAUACAGCAGUUGAAGAGCAAGACGAAAGAGAAGGAGUUGGUGGACCAGACGCAGGCGGAGGAGUUUGUGCGUCAUGCGUUGGCCUUCUGUGAGAGCCUGUACGACCCCUACCACAACUGGAGGCACCGCGCUCACGGGCAGCAGCUUGGUACGGUUGAAAGGAGCCGACAGAAGUACAAAGCCGCCCCUCUCACGGUGGAGUUUGUCCCCUUCUUCUACCAGUGUUUCCAGGAGAGUGAACACCUAAAGGACAGCCUGAAGUGUUGCCUGCUGCACCUCUUUGGAGCCAUCGUGGCCGGAGACCAGCGUAACGCCCUGCUGGCCAUCUCCCCGGCCACUAUGGAGGUGCUGCUGGGCGUGCUGGGGGGCUGUGAGCGCGUGUGGGGGUGCGGCGGGCCCGAGGGGGACGGGGGCGAUGGCUGGGACUGGGACAGCGAGGCGCCCGACCGCAAGGCCCUACUCACACUCGGCUGCAUACGGGAGGUGGUGCUCCGAUUACUGGGCAGCAGCUCCGACCAGCGGCAGGUGGAGAUCAGCGGUGUGAUGGAGAGCUACUUCAAGCUGCUCAACUCCGACCCGGCCGCUCCUCUCCAGCUCCAGGGGAGUAAAGGAGGAGGAGGAGGAGGAGGAGGAGGAGGAGGGGGAGGUGGAAAUGAGAAUAACGCUGUGACCAUGGGCUCGGCGCCGGGCCUCCUGCCCCCUGUCCAGAAGUCUCGGCACUGGGAGAGCCGCUUCGUGGCCCUACAGGUCCACAUGCUGGACACUAUCCGUGACAUGUUAGACUGUUCUGACCGGCCUGUUCUGCAAGCCAUCUUCCUCAACAGCAACUGCUUUGAGCACCUCACGCGCCUUCUGCAGAACAGCAAGCUGGUUAAUGCUAGGUGUACUACGGCAGCUGACAAGGACCAAAAAGACUUAGCCAACAGGUUACUGACAGGAGAGAGUGACACUCAGGUGUUCCAAGGGAGGUUGGACUCCCUGGCUGUGGCCACUAUUAAAGCGCUGACCACAGUCAUGCACAAAUCUCCAGCUGCUAAGGAAGUUUUUAAGGAGCGGAUUGGCUAUAAUCACCUCUAUGAGGUGCUCGUCUCGCUGGGCCAGCCCUCCAGACACCUGCUCAAGGAGCUCAUGAACAUGGCGGUGGAGGGUGAGCACUCCUCGGUGGGCUUACUGGGCCUGAGUAACGUGGAGCCUCUGCUGCUCCUGCUCCGCUGGCUGCCGGAGCUCUCCUCCGCCGAGCUGCAGAUCUCCACCUCCGAGUGGCUGCGCCGCCUCUGCUGCGCCGACCGGCGCACCCGCUCCACCUGCGUCAACGCCCGCAUGCCCGCCUGCAUCCUCGCCACGCUGCGCCACCACCGCCGGCUGCACAGGGCGGCCGCGCACUGCCUACUGGCACUGCUAGGCUCGCUGGGUUCCCAGUCUCUGGGCGCCUCUGAGCUGCGUGCCCUGCUGGGCCUCCUUCGCCAGGAGGAGGCGGGGCGCCCUCACCCGUACGUGGGCGCCACGCUGCGCGCCCUGCUCACAAUGGCGCGCCGCACCUCGGGCCUGGAGAGCGCCACGCAGUACUUUGACCUGGCGCCCAGCAUGGCGGGCAUCGCCGUGCCGACGGUGCAGCGCUGGCCCGGCUCGGCCUUCGGCUUCCUGGCGUGGCUCUCGCUGGACCAGGAGCAGCUGGGGCCACCGGGCAAGGGCGAGAAGAGAAAACAGCUCUACAGCUUCUUCUCCCCGGGCGGUACGGGGUUCGAGGCCUUCAUCAGUGCAGCGGGGCUGCUGGUGGUGGCCGUGUGCACCAAGAAGGAGUACGUCACCGUCAUGCUGCCCGACUACUGCUUCUGUGAUUCGCUGUGGCAUAGUGUUGGUGUGGUGCACGUACCGGGCAAAAGGCCGUUUGGCCAGAGUCUGGUCCACAUCUACGUGGAUGGACAACAGAAGCUCUCCUCGCCACUCAAGUUCCCCAACAUGGCCGAGCCCUUCACCUCCUGCUGCAUCGGCUCUGCGGGCCACCGCACCACCACCCCUCCCCCGUCCCAGAUCCCCGACCCCCCCUUCUCGGGCGCCUCCCCCUCGGGCCGCACGUCCCUGGGGGGCAUCCUGUCACCUCAGGCCUGGGGGCUGCUGGGAGGGGGCAAGCCGGAGUCCGUCACCAAGCUGAUCUCGGCCGGCACACAGGACAGCGAGUGGGGCAGCCCCACCUCUCUACAGGGCCAACUGGGCAGCGUCAUGGUCUUCCACGAGGCCCCCUCUGCCAAUCACGUCAAGGCACUCUUCAGCGCAGGUCCAAACUGCAUCUCCCCUUUCAAGACCCAGGAAGCAGAGCUGGGGGAUCUACCAACCAAACUCCUGCUACACUACUCCCCAAAGGCAUGUAGGAACCCUAUUUGCCUGGACCUGUCUCCUAACCUGCUGCACGGUAGACUGACGGGGAAUAAGGUGGUGAACUGGGACAUCAAGGACAUGAUAAACUGUGUGGGCGGGAUGCCGGUGCUGUUGCCCAUCCUGGAGCAGCUGACCUUGCUGACCCCAGAGCAGAGCAGCGAGCCCAGCUCGGGGUCAGAGGUCAUCUCUCCCGACCUCCCCACCCCCGCCGACGGAGACUGGGUCAUACUGCCCUCCAACAGGGCCUCAGAAGCUCGUCUGGAGAAGAAUCUGGUGGCCACCUUCCUGCUGGUGGUGAAGCACUUUCUGCAGAGGCACCCCAUCAACCAGGAGAGCCUGCUACACACACACGCAGUCAACACGCUAGGAGCACUGCUACAGAGGGUGCCUGCGUUCCUGGUGGAUGUGAGUGUGCUGGUGGCUGUUCAGCUCCUGAUGGAGCAGGUGACGUGUGAGAAGAACAGCGCUCUGCUGCUGCAGCUACACACACACCUCCUCUUCAACUUCACCGUCUGGAAUCAGGGAGACUUCCCACUGCGUAUCGGCCACAUCCAGUACAUGUCCACAGUCAUCAAGGACAACAGGAAGCAGUUUAGGAAGCGCUACGGGGUGCAGUUCCUCUUGGACACCAUCCGCCUCUACUACGGCAGUAACCCUCGUGAGGGUGAGAUCCUGAGUGAGGAUGACAUGCGCACCAUCCGGGCGUCGCUGUGCGGCCUCCUAAAGUACUACAUCAGCAAGGGCACCACGCAGGAGGAGCUGCACAGCAUCCUGGGAUACAUGGCCGCCAUCGGGGACGAGGAGCAGUUGUGUGGGAUGUUGGAGCUGCUGAUAACGCUGCUUCAGACGAGUGCUGCGCGCGACCAGCUAUUCCUGCUACUGUUCGAACCCGGGGCCGCAGACUCCUGCUACGCACUGCUGCUCAACAACAAGUACUCCGACCGCCUCAGAGAACUAGUGUUUAAGCUGUUUGAGCGCAUGUUGAAGUGUGACCGUGUGUAUGAGCGCAGUAAGCACCGGCUGAAGCUGAAAGAGGUGGGCUACUCCGGACUCACACUGCUCUUCUCAGACACACACAUCACCUCUACCCUUAUCAAGAGCCUGCUCUACCAGGUCAUACACACAGAUGCUGUUAUCAGCUACAAGGACCUGAUGGCUGUAGUGCAGCUGUCUCACCGCGCUGGACCAAGCAUUCGCCUGACCGUCUGCAAAAGGCUGUACUCUCUGCUUCAGACGCACACGGACGCAGCUCAGCAGAUCUCCAGGCAGCUGUGCUGGCAGGACACCCUGGCCCGCCUGUUCCUGCGCCUGCCUGGAGGGGGUGCCACCAACGGCGACGGCAGCGCCACCCCAGGAGCAGGGGGACGCGGCAGUGACGUAGCCAGCCUGGGCAGCCUGGACCUCAGCCGCGGAGGUGGCAAUGGUGGGGGCGGAUCCGGAUCCGCCGGUGGUGGCUCCACCAGCGGACACCGGUUAGAACCGCCUCCGCUCCUGGACGUGCCAUCGGGUCGACGGAGCCCGUCGGACUUUGCCGACCGUCGCUCGGUGGACAGUCUGGAUACGGGGGACACCUCGUCCUUCUGUGAGACCCCGAGUCGGCCGUGGCCCCCCACCCCUGUCCGAGGCCCUCCAGGUGGGCUGAGCCUGGACCUGUCCCAGGUGCACCUGUUCGAGCAAGGCGGGGACAGCGGCAGCCAGACGCCAGGGAGCAUGCCCAGUACACCGUCGCCCCUGGAGACCGCCAAGCCCUUCCCGGGCGCCCCGGCGGGGGACAAGGACAACAGCUCGACGCUGACGGAUGACAGCUUCCUGUUUAGUGACAACAUCUCGCUGGGAGAGUCCUUCAGCAGCGUAGAGCGUACUGAGGAGGAGUUGUGUCGUCUGCUGCUGGAGGUGGUGUUGGGCGUGAUGUGGCGCGGUGUGGAAGGCUCGGACGACGCGGCCUGGCAGGAGAGGGGGCAAGUGUUCUCCGCCCUCACCAAGCUGGCCACCAGCAACGAGAUGCUCAUGCCAGUGGACCAGGUCAAACUCAGUCUGCUGGAGCGUAUGCUGGAGAUGGCCGUCACCGAUAACCGCGAGUCGCCGGCGGCCACGCUGCCGCAGCACACGGAGAGCGCGGUGCGGCUGCUGCACGUGGUGCAGGACUUCCUGCAGGCGGAGGGGUUGGUGAGCCCGGCGCUGUGGAGCGACCGGCUGCUGGAGGAGACCGUGGCCCUCAUGGACGGCCUCAUGGUCUGGUACACCGCCGGCGCACAGUGGCACCAACUGGCACAGCUGGGACUGAGGCUACUGUUGGGCUUCAUGGCACAGGAGGACACACAGGUGUGUGCGAUGGCUACGGCCAAGCUGAACGGCAUCCUGCAGACGAAGACUAUCGAGUCCCAGGACGAGGCCUGCUACCUGCUGGGUCGCGUGGAGGGGAUCCUGCGCAGGGCCACCGAGAGCCAGGACACCGAGGAGACCUACUCCUUCCUCGUGCCCCUACUACGCACCCUGCUGGCCAAGGUGCACCGGCUGCUGUACAUGGAGCUCCACCUGCCUGGCCUGCCUGACACCAACGGCAGCCCCUCCUUCUUCGAGGACUUCAAGCAGUACUGCACCGCGCCCGAGUGGAGGGUCUACCUGGACAAAUAUAUCAUCCCGUACAUGAAGCAGUAUGAGAUCGAGACCUUCAGUCUGGGCCAUGAGAACAUGGCUCUGUUCUGGAAGGAGUGUCACGAAGCCUUCAUGGUCAACCUGCACCGCAGAGAGAGGGGACGAGGGGAGAGCAAGAUACGCUUUCAGGAGCAGUAUGUGGAGCCGUUCAGUAGGCGUGGUCGCCAGGAGAACCUGCGCUACAACAGCAUGCUGAAGCAGCUGCACACACACAACAGCGCCACACUCAGGCAGUGGAAGGCAGCGCGCCGAGGACUCUUCUGCGAGAGGGGGCCCUGGGCUGACAGUGAGCAGAGUGAGCUGCAUUGGCGCCUGUCGAGUGCUGAGAACUACUCCCGCAUGCGGCUCAAGCUGGUGCGCAAUCACAACUUUGACCCUCACAAAGAGGCCAGCGCCCUACGAGACAACCUGGGUGUGCAGCAGCAGCAGGUGAGUGCGGAGUCCCUGCUGCUGGAGGCCGCGCGGCAGGUGAAGGUCAGCGACCUGGAGGACGACAUCCUGGACCUGCCCGAGGAUGACCCCGCAGCCAAUCAAUCCGAGAGUGAGGAGGCGAGUCAGAAGGAGAAGUUGGUGUUGUUUGAGGACUGUGAGCUGGUGACGGUGGUGGACGUCUUCCCCGGACGCCUGGAACUGACCACGCAACACAUAUACUUCUAUGACAGCAGCCCAGACAAGGAGGAGGGUGUGGGUCAGGACUUCAAGUGGCCUCUGUCCCAGAUCCGGGAGGUGCAUCUGAGGCGCUACAACCUGCGGCGCUCAGCUCUGGAGAUAUUCCUCAUCGACCAGACAAACUACUUCCUCAACUUCAAGAAGGAGGCGCGUGCCAAGGUGUACAACAGGCUGCUGCUGCUGCGUUCCCCCUCCCUGUACGGCACCCGCUCCCCCCAGGAGCUGCUCAAGGCCUCCGGACUCACACAGAAAUGGGUGAAUCAUGAGAUCUCCAACUUCGACUACCUGAUGCAGCUCAACACCAUCGCUGGUAGAACCUACAAUGACCUGGCCCAGUACCCAGUGUUUCCCUGGAUCCUGUCGGACUACACCUCUGAGGAGCUGGACCUGUCUGACCCUCGCAUUUUCCGAGACCUUUCCAAACCUGUGGCCGUGCAGAACGAGAGGAACGCCAAGGCCGUCAGAGAGAAGUAUGAGAGUUUCGAGGAUCCCACGGGCACCAUCGACCGCUUCCACUACGGGACGCACUACUCCAACGCGGCGGGGGUCAUGCACUACCUCAUCCGGGUCGAACCAUUCACCUCCCUACACAUCCAGCUGCAGAGCGGCCGUUUCGACUGUGCGGAUCGUCAGUUCAGCUCCAUCCCGGCCACCUGGCAGGCUCUGAUGGACAACCCUAACGACGUCAAGGAACUCAUCCCAGAAUUCUUCUACUUCCCAGAAUUCCUGGAGAACCAGAAUGGUUUUGACCUGGGUCGUCUGCAGCUGUCUAAGGAGCGUGUGAAUGACGUCAUCCUGCCCAAAUGGGCCAAAUCCCCCGAGGACUUCAUCUACAAACACCGGAAGGCUCUGGAGUCUGAGUAUGUGUCUGCCCAUCUCCAUGAGUGGAUCGAUCUGAUAUUCGGCUACAAGCAGAGGGGCCCAGCUGCAGUGGAGGCCCUCAAUGUCUUCUACUACUGCACCUAUGAAGGGGCCGUGGACUUGGACGCCAUCACGGACGAGAAGGAGAGGAAGGCUCUGGAGGGCAUGAUCAGCAACUUCGGCCAGACGCCAUGCCAACUGCUCAAGGAGCCCCAUCCUGUGCGUCUGUCAUUGGAGGAGCUGGAGAAGAGGAAGGCUCGCCUGGACGGCUGCCCCCUCAGCAUCUUCGAACACGUCACAGAACUGAAAUCCUUCUUUGUUGAGGGCAUCAGUGAUAAUGUUGCUCUGGUGAAGGCCGUGGUUCCCAAGAACCAAUCACACUCCUUCAUCUCUCAGGGGAGCCCAGACUCUCUGGUGACGGUGAGCCAGAACUGCCUGGUGGGGACGCACGGCUGGCUGCCCUACGACAAGAACAUCUCCAACUACUUCACCUUCAUCAAGGACCCCACUGUGGCCAACCCCAAGACUCAGCGUUUCCUGGCGGGUCCCUUCUGUCCCAGCGUGGAGGUGACGUGUCGCCUGUUUGUGGUGUCCCACGACGGCAAGCUGCUCUUCAGCGGGGGCCACUGGGACAACAGCCUGCGGGUCACGUCACUCGUCAAGGGCAAGACCACAGGACAACACAUCAGACACAUGGACAUUGUGACGUGCCUGGCGACGGACCACUGUGGCAUCCACCUCAUCUCCGGAUCCAGAGACACCACCUGCAUGGUCUGGCAGGUACAGCAACAGGGUGGUGCUCCAGUAGGCCUGUUCCCCAAGCCUGUCCAGGUGCUGUACGGACACACAGACGAGGUGGUCAGCGUCAGCAUCAGCACAGAACUGGACAUGGCCGUCUCAGGAUCACGGGAUGGCGUGGUGAUUAUCCAUACAGUGCGUCGGGGCCAGUACCUGCGGUGUCUGCGGCCGCCAUGUGAGAGCUCGCUACCGCUCUCCAUCCUGCACCUGGCCGUCUCCUGGGAGGGGCACCUGGUGGUACACACCUGUGUGGAGGGCAAGGCCACGCUCAAGGAUAAGAAUGCGCUGCACCUGUACUGUGUGAAUGGGAAGCACCUGGUCACGGAGCCCCUGAAGGAGCAGCUGACAGACAUGUGCGUCUCGGGGGAGUACCUGGUCAUCGGCAGCGAACAGGGAUACCUCUCCAUCAGGGACCUCUACAGCCUGGCGUUGUGCGUGCCCCCGCUGGCCAUGCGCGUGCCGGUGCGCUCGGUGGCGGUGACCAAGGAGCAGAGCCACGCGCUGGUGGGCCUGCAGGACGGCAAGCUGAUCGUGGUGGGCGUGGGCAAGCCGGCCGAGAUGCGUUCUGGCCAGAUCACCCUGAAGCUGUGGGGCUCCAGCAAGCGCCUCACCCAGAUCUCCUCAGGGGAGACAGAGUACCACUGACCACCACCACCACCACCACUACUACCACCACCACCACUACUACCACCCCAGACCCUCCUCUCUUCUCCUCUACCACCCCCAAUGCCGACCCAACACAACCCCCUUUUCGCCACCUCCCGCCCCUACCACCCUCUCCACCAACAUCUCCACCGCCACUGGCCCACAGACCUGCCAAUCAUUGACAAUCAUGGCAACUCACCCAGAGGUUUCGGCCAGUGUGAUUGGAUGGAAUGACUGAUUUGGCUGGCUGGCUGGCUGGCCCCGCCCCCUUUUACCCCCUGCAUGCGGUUCAAAAUGGAGGAUUGUUUGGUGGGAUCCUGUCUGAAGAUGGCGGAUGAUUAGACUUCCUGUGUGUGUGUGUGUGUGUGCGUGCGUGUGUGUGUUGUGAUAGCUGGACAGGCGCAGGCGCUCUGGCUCAGCAUUUCACAAGUGUGUGUGUGUGUGUAUGUGUGUACAUGCGCGUGCGUGUGCGCUUGUGUGUGUGUGUGUGUGUGUGCGCGUGCGUGCAUGUGUCACUGUGCUUCCCAAUAGCAUGCCAUCCUGUCACUUAUCUGGUAUCCCACAGUCACAGUCCUUCAGUUUUCUCAUCAUCGUCACCAUGAUCACCAUCCGUGUACAACAGUAGAAGUUAUUUCCAUGUUCGCCAAGGGGACAUUUUGUGUGCGUGUGCGUG